UUUUAGAUGGACGAUGGAGUGUGAAUUUGAUGGUUGACGAUUUUAAGAACUCAGGCAUCUUGAGAACUGAGAAAACAAUAGCGUUAAGUACACCUGCUCUGAUACCCAAAGAGAUAGAGUGAUUGGCGGAAGCGGGACCACGCAGAUGCGCCGUAGCUCCGCCGUAAACUGCUGCUCCUUUCCCCUUCCGCCCCCGCUGUAUUACGCCGAGUCACGGGCCACUCCGCGAGUCUCCUCUUCCUUGCUUGAUCUGUCGCUGUGACCGAGACUGAGACUGAGGCUGAGAGGAGAGGAGGGAAAUCGGUGCGCCGGAUACGAUGGAGAGCUUCUUGAAGAGCAACUUCGAGGUGGAGAGCAAGCACCCCUCUGAGGAGGCGCAGCGGCGGUGGAGGAGGGCCGUCGGCUUGGUUGUCAAAAACCCCCGCCGCAGGUUCCGAAUGAUCCCCGAUCUCGACAAGCGGUCCGAGGUCGAGGUAAAGAAGAAGAAGAUCCAGGAAAACAUUCGGAAAUUUCGGGUUGCCCUUUACGUGCAAAAGGCUGCUCUGCACUUUAUUGAUGCUAGUGCAACUGCUGAGUAUCCACUCACAGAAGAGGUUAGAAAAGCUGGUUACCUUAUCAAUCCUGAUGAAUUGGCAAACAUUGCACGCACACAUGAUAACAAGAGAUUGAAGAAGCAUGGAGGAGUAAGUGGGAUAGCAAGGAAAACUUCUACUUCACUGGAUUAUGGUGUCAAAACAAGCGACUUAUCCAUUAGACAGGAAAUUUAUGGAAUUAAUCAGUACGUUGAAAAGCCUCCUAGGAGUUUUUUAAUGUUUGUGUGGGAUGCUUUACAUGAUUUGACAUUGCUCAUCCUCAUAAUAUGCGCUUUGAUAUCUAUUGUUGUGGGUCUUGCUACUGAAGGAUGGCCCAAGGGUAUGUAUGAUGGGCUGGGAAUUGUUCUCAGUAUUUUCUUGGUUGUCAUAGUCACUUCCAUCAGUGAUUACAGGCAAUCAUUACAAUUUAGAGACUUGGAGAAAGAAAAGAAGAAAAUAUUCAUUCAAGUAACCAGAGAUGGCUACAGACAGAAGGUUUCAAUCUAUGAUUUAGUUGUUGGAGAUAUUGUUAAUCUUUCUAUUGGAGAUAUAGUUCCAGCUGAUGGGCUGUUUAUUUCUGGGUAUGCUUUGUUGAUAGAUGAAUCAAGCUUGUCCGGGGAAAGCCAACCAGUGCAUAUUUCUGAUGAGAAUCCCUUUCUUCUAGCAGGAACUAAAGUCCAAGAUGGCUCUGCCAUAAUGCUUGUUACUUCUGUUGGAAUGAAGACUGAAUGGGGAAAAUUAAUGGAAACAUUGAGUCAGGGUGGGGAAGAUGAAACACCACUUCAGGUAAAGCUCAAUGGUGUUGCAACAAUAAUUGGGAAGAUUGGUUUAGCAUUUGCAACAUCAACUUUCUUUAUCCUGUUAGCAAGAUUCAUAGUUGAGAAGUUCUACAAUGAAGGCUUCAAAUGGUUGCCAAAUGACGCUUUGACAAUACUAAACUAUUUUGCUAUCUCUGUUACAAUCAUCGUUGUAGCUGUUCCUGAAGGGCUACCUCUGGCUGUGACUUUGAGCCUUGCCUUUGCAAUGAAAAGACUAAUGGAGGAGAAGGCACUUGUGCGGCAUUUAUCAGCAUGUGAAACUAUGGGAUCUGCUAGUUGUAUUUGCACCGAUAAAACUGGUACACUAACCACUAACCACAUGGUCGUUGAUAAGAUAUGGAUUUGUGAAAUAGAAAAAUCAUUUAGGGGUUCUGAGACUGCUGUAUCUUUGACAUCCAUGAUACCAGAAAGUGCCCUAGCAGUCCUUUUGCAAUGUAUAUUUCUCAACACUGGUUCAGAAGUGGUUAGAGGGAAGGAUGGUAAAAAUACAAUACUAGGGACCCCUACGGAAAUUGCAUUGUUAGAGUUUGGUUUGGAGUUAGAAGGACAAGUAGAUUCACAAUAUCAGCACUGCAAAAAAUUGAAAGUUGAACCUUUUAAUUCAGUUAAAAAGAAAAUGUCUGUCCUUGUUGAAUUACCUGAUGGAGGGACUCUCGCUUUCUGCAAAGGCGCAUCUGAAAUUAUCCUACAAAUGUGCGAUCAUGGAAUUGACAGUAAUGGAAAAAUCAUUCUUUUAUCCAAUAAGCAAAAGGAGGAUGUUAUGAAGGUGAUUAAUGAGUUUGCUUGUGAAGCGCUGAGAACUCUUUGCUUAGCCUAUAAGGACUUAAAUGGUGAAGACCAGAAUAUGGAUGGAAUUCCAGCUACUGGCUACACACUUAUUUGUAUUUUUGGCAUCAAAGAUCCAGUGCGGCCAGGAGUUAAGGAAGCUGUUCAGAGUUGUAUAGCUGCUGGUAUCAAAGUGCGGAUGGUUACCGGUGACAACUUAAGUACAGCUAAAGCCAUAGCAAAAGAGUGUGGCAUAUUAACAGAGGAAGGUUUGGCUAUAGAAGGGUCAGAAAUUCGGAACAAGGACGCUGAAGAAAUUAAAGAUAUAAUACCAAAAAUUGAGGUAAUGGCCCGGUCUUUGCCUUUGGACAAACAUACAUUAGUAACAAACUUGAGGAAAAUGUUUAAUGAAGUUGUAGCAGUGACAGGCGAUGGCACUAACGACGCUCCAGCUCUACAUGAGGCUGAUAUUGGUCUUGCAAUGGGCAUUGCUGGUACAGAGGUAGCCAAGGAGAGUGCUGAUAUAAUCAUUUUGGAUGACAACUUUACGUCCAUAAUUAAUGUAGCCAAAUGGGGUCGUGCAGUUUACAUCAAUAUCCAAAAGUUUGUACAGUUCCAACUGACAGUUAACAUUGUCGCUCUGAUGGUCAAUUUCUUUUCUGCAAUCAUGACAGGGAAUGCUCCACUCACUGCUGUUCAGUUGCUUUGGGUCAACAUGAUCAUGGACACAUUAGGUGCCCUAGCAUUAGCAACAGAACCCCCAAAUAACAAUAUGUUGGAAAGGCCACCUGUUGGGCGGAAUGAAAGCUUCAUUACGCCAGUCAUGUGGAGAAAUAUAAUUGGACAGAGUAUGUAUCAACUGAUUAUACUUGGUCUCCUGAUGUUUGAUGGCAAAAAGCUUCUAAAAAUUGAUGGACCGGACUCUGACAUUGUUCUCAAUACUUUUAUAUUCAACACUUUCGUAUUUUGCCAGGUAUUUAACGAGAUAAACAGCCGCGAAAUGGAGAAGAUAAAUGUGCUACGUGGCAUAUUCAGCAACUGGAUCUUCUUGACUAUCGUGGCAUCCACCGUCAUAUUCCAAGUAAUUAUAGUUGAAUUUCUAGGGACUUAUGCAAGAACAGUGCCAUUAAGUCGGCAACUUUGGUUGUUCAGUCUUGUGAUUGGCUCCAUCAGCAUGAUAGUUGCAAUAAUCUUGAAGUGCAUCCCAGUUGAAUCAAGCAAGAACAGCGUUGAUCAACGAAAUGGUUAUCAGGCCCUCCCUAAUGGUCCAGAAGCCGUAUAAACAGAAAAGCAUAAUGACACUUAGAUAUGUUUGACCUUACUAGGGGAAUGAUACACGAUUUUGUUAUACUUGUUUGCAGCUUAUCGGAGCAGAACCCGAGUUAGUUGCGAGUGGACUAUUGUUUCAGGACUACUUCAGUAGGAGUUUUUAUUGUCGCAAGGUAAUCAAUGCUUUUGGAUAUGCACUACUUACAGCUGACAUGGAGUUUUGACUCUUGAUUGUGAUUAACUACUUGAUUGGAGGGACUAUUGCAUUUUUCUUUCAGUUUUUUUCCCUCUAAAAACAUGUUUCAUUGGCUGACAAGGAUAGAACUUGCUGAUAAAUUUAAUGGUUUCUUGAUCUGUAAUUUGGGUUCCUUUACCACGAACUUAUAUGCUAAGAACUAGAAUGUUUUUCCAA